AAUUUCAAAUGUAUUUGCAAGUGGCGCUUUUUCCCCCAAACUCACUAACCAUUGUGUUACCGCUUAAAGCUUGCGCUGCUAUUGCAACAGCGAUCAGGACACGUUUACAAGGACAUAUGAGGACUAUAUAAAAGUGCUUUUAUAUUUUAGAGUUUGUUGUGAGUGGAUUGACCUCAACAUGAAGUGUCCAAGCUACAGUGAUGAUUCAACAGUUUUAUGCCACAUGGAGAAAGCUGAAACAGACCUCGGUGAGGUGAAGGGCCACAGGGUUUCGCCGCGGAAAAUGUCCCCAUGUUCCCCCGUGGUGCCCAACAUCUCCACCCCUAUGGAGACCAGAAGCAAAGGCCCCCACAAUAAAGAAAACUACCAGAAUAAGCGUCAUUCUCUAGAGGUGGCAUCGGACGACGAGGUGAUCAUCAGCGGUAGUGGCCUGUCCGAGGACAGCGGCUACCUUUCCCUCCAAAACAGCCAGGUGGAUCAUGGGGACGUGGAUGGCGUGGACUCCCUGGAGAGGAGUGAAGAGAAAUGCGUGUCCUCUCAAUCCUUGAACGUUGAGCGUCAUUCUGCGCCUUGUCUGCCCAUGUUGAAGUUUCAGGAGGAGGUGUGCAGAGAACUGGCUAAAAGCUUUAAAAAGAGCAAAAGCUACGACUGGACGGUUGUCGAUAAGGUUGCUGAGAAUUGCGGACUGAAUAAUGUGAUCGGUGGGAAGAUGGGACGACCGUUUGUGGACAUCCUGUGCGGCCUGUUGAGGAAAGACAUGAGGCACAUUAUUGCCAGAAUACUGGGCUUGUUGGGAGAUUGUGACUUAGUGAGCUGUAAAAAAGUGAGCCGGACGUGGCGGAAAAUCAUUUGCGAAGAUCAGGUGGCCCUUCGACGCUGCAGAGAAGCAGAAAGAACAUUAAGGGACUCUGGUCACUCCAUGGGCUCAUUAUCACGAGACUUCACCUUGAGCAGGGUGGUGUUCUCCAGCAUGCAGGCCGUCGCAUCUACGCCCGUUCACAAGCCCAUUAAGAAGCUGCAGUGCCAGACGGGUGGAGUGCAAAACACAUCCAAGCCGAGUCGCUUCCAACAGUUUCACGAGGUUGCCCAAUCGCUCAAACAGGAUGAAUCUUUACGACCAUGUAUCUGCUGCAACUCUGCGGCGCGGUUCGACAAAGCCAUGAAGCGGGCCGUGUGUACACGCCUUAGCUGCGCUUUUGAGUUUUGCACACUGUGUCAAUCAGCAUUCCACGGCUCCUCCCCGUGCCGCAGUUCCGUCCGGACCUUCUCCACGUCACAAAAAACACUCCUCGCCGGUUCGGCUCGAAGCAAGAGGAAUGUCCGUCGUCUCUGAGCACCAGAUGGGGAAAAUGUUACGAGAACUUUUACAAAAAACUACCUUUAGGAUCUUAAGUGUUUUGAAAGACUUUUAAAAAUAUGAAUGUUUUAUCAACUUCCAAAAUGUGAAGUGAAAUUGGCCACAUUUGUGGUCAUUGCACAAAGUGAAAACUACAAUCAUCCUCCAUGCCAAAAAAAAAGAUUUAACAAGGAGGUUAAACAGCCUCUUCAGUAUUGUAAAUAAUGUUUUAUAAGAUUUUAUAAGAAUUGUUUUAUUGAUGAAAUGAUCAAUUCCUGCCUGUCUUAUCACAGAAACUGUACAUAUUUAAAUGGUUUAAUAAAGCCUUGUAUAUUUUUAAACUUA